AUGGCCGGGGGCGGCGGUGCCGGUGCCGGUGCCGGUGCCGGUGGCGGUGGCGGUGGCGGUGCCGGUGGCGGUGCCCGUGGCGGUGUCCGUGGCGGUGCCGGUGGCGGUGCCGGUGCCCGUGGCGGUGCCAGUGGCGGUGCCGGUGCCGGUGGCGGUGCCCUGGCCCUGGCCCUGAUCGGUGCGGUGGCUGUCUGGAGUGCCUGGGGCCAGGAGGACCGCCCCGGCCCGGAGCCCGGCCCUGCCCCGCGGGAAGCCGUGCGGCUCUUCACCGACGAGGACUUGGCCAAGUACAACGGGGCAGAGGAGGGUAAACCCAUCUACAUGGCAGUGAAGGGAGUUGUGUUUGACGUCACAUCAGGGAAGGAGUAUUACGGCAAAGAUUCGCCUUACAAUAAGCUGGCAGGGAAGGAUUCAACCCGAGCGGUAGCAAAGAUGUCUCUGCGAGCCAAAGACCUCACACACGACACUAGGGGACUUGGCGAAUAUGAAUUGCAGUCUCUUGACAACACCUUCAACAACGUGUACAAAGCAAAGUAUCCUAUUGUUGGCUACACAUCUCGCCGGAUCCUGAAUGCGGACGGCACUCCCAACGCUGACUUCAAGCCCGAAGAUCAGCCCCACUUCAACAUUAAGGAAGAGUUUUGACACACUUUCUGAGUGAAGCCUUCGACCAAGCUCCAGCAUUUUGUAUUGGAGCUGAAUUUUGUAGUGGUUUGUUAUACACUGUUGUAAUUGUUUGUCCUUCUCAUUCAGAUUAAGAACAGAAUCUUCUUGGCAGGGGUUGUAAGCGUUUAUGCGGUGAUGGUGAGGCAUUGUAGCAAAUGCGAGGAUUAUUAUUAUUAUUUAAUAUUUUAAAAAAACAAAUUAACAGACAAUGAUCUGAAUUUGUAUUCUGUUACUAUCCUUUUGGGGAAAAACAAUGUUAAAAAAAGCUUUGUCUCAUCGAGGUAUUCCCAUAUGUAUUGACUUUAUUUUAAUAACCCAUGAACCUCUUUUUUUUCCCGAAAUUUUGCUCUAUGGCUGAAUAGAAAAGCAGGGUUUAAAACAACAAUCUGCCUGGUGAACCCAUAUGAUACUGUUCUGACUUCACUGCCGUCUGCAGUCACAAAAGCUCUCAAAAUGAGACGUGCAGUUUUGCCACUGGAGAGGCUGCAAAGGUAGAUAGUCUGAGAGAGCUAAUCAAUACUGCAGUCAGAUAUACAUUUUGGCACCUCUCCUGAGUAACUGAGCUGUUCUGGUGCGAGCCAAGAAGGUCCCAGGUCUGAUAUUUCCCUGAUCUGUGUUAGCUGAGCUCAGAUAGUAGAGCUUCAGUUGGCCUUCGCAGGGUCCAGCUCUGGCUUGUUACUCUGUUGGACGGGCACAUAUGUGCACAUCCGUUGAAGCCAGGAUUGUGUUCACCGGGAAUUCUUUCUCUUCCCAGCUGAAUAAGCCUCCAUCGCUCUUAUCAAGGCUGAUGAUGGCUAUUAGGGCAAUGUACCAGAGUAUGGGCUUGUUACUCAAGGAACUGUACUGUAGCAGAAGGAAAAAGAAGCUGAAGGCUUCAGAAGGUGAGGGAAGAAAGAGACCCGGCUUUUACCACAGCGACGAUGUACAUAAUUCUUCAAUCUGCAGCACUCCCCAACAGUUUUAUGUUUGUUGAAGUUUGUUGUUUUCCCCAAUGUUAAGGUGCAUUUUAAAGCACUUCUUUUUUAAAUUAAAAGUUGGAAGUAUCUUUAGUAAUCGCAUUCUGUAAGUUCCCAGAAUCAAUAUAAACCUACCUUUUCAAUUGGA